CCAUCAUGGUUGGCAAAUACCAAGUCAAUAACAUAGCUUACAUUCACCUGUCCCUGUUAUACAAGCAUAUUUUACCAAAUUGCCAUUCGCCCCCUUUCUUACUUCAAUAGCGAUAAUCCUCUGCCACCAUAUAUGUUCACAACUUCUCUGUCAUCCCCUUAAUUCACUCUCAGUUUGCAAUUCAUCAUCCCAAUUAACAUGGGUAACUGUUUGAAUUCUUCUUCCGCUAAAGUGGACGCCACACUCAGCUCCAGAACCUCUGCAGGGAUGUCGAAAGUUGGCAGCAAAAUCAGUUCGUCGUCCGGUCCAUCCAGCACGACGAUUUCAACGUACAGUGGUGGAAGCAGCAGUAUAGAUAGCGUUAGUACACCACGAUCCGAAGGAGAGGUAUUAUCAUCUUCAAAUUUGAAGCCUUUCUCAUUCAUGGAGUUAAAGAACGCUACGCGAAACUUUAGACCCGACAGUCUACUAGGCGAAGGAGGGUUUGGGUACGUUUUCAAAGGAUGGAUUGAUGAACUCACUCAUUUGGCUACGAAGCCAGGGUCUGGAAUGGCGAUUGCUGUCAAAAAGCUUAAACCGGAAGGUUUUCAAGGCCACAAAGAAUGGCUGACAGAAGUAACUUACCUUAGUCAGCUGCAUCAUCCGAAUCUGGUGAAACUUAUUGGCUACUGUUCAGAGGGUCAUAACCGGCUUUUGGUUUAUGAGUACAUGCCUAAAGGAAGCUUGGAGAAUCAUCUUUUUAGAAAGGGUCCUCAACCACUUCCAUGGGCGACAAGACUCAAAGUGGCAAUAGGUGCUGCAAGAGGCCUAGCUUUCCUUCAUGAUGCUAAAGACCAAAUUAUAUAUCGCGAUUUCAAGGCUUCGAACAUCCUUCUUGAUGCGGACUUUAACGCAAAACUAUCCGAUUUUGGAUUAGCUAAAGCAGGGCCGACAGGUGAUAAGACUCACGUGUCGACUCAAGUGAUGGGUACACAUGGGUACGCGGCCCCAGAAUACGUUGCCACAGGUCGGUUAACAGCAAAGAGUGACGUAUACAGCUUUGGGGUUGUUUUACUAGAACUACUAUCAGGUCGCCGUGCAGUAGAUAAAGGAAAAGUUGGUGUCGAGCAAGAUCUUGUCGAUUGGACAAAACCGUAUCUAGGAGACAAACGAAAGUUGUUUAGGAUCAUGGAUACUAGAUUGGAAGGACAGUACCCUCAAAAGGGUGCCUACACUGCAGCUACACUUGCUUCACAAUGUCUUAACAAAGAACCGAAAGCCAGACCGCGAAUGUCUGAAAUUUUAGCCAGUCUAGAAGAGCUUCAAGACGCCAAAAAUGCUUCAAAAGAUCACCGAACGUUGUCUAGUCCGGUUCCUAGAUCACCGGUGGGUCAUCAUCGUCAACGACGUUCAACACCCACGGCAUCUCCGUUACCGACGCCGCGACAAAGUACCAGUCAAGUAAGAUGAUAAACAAACAAACAUAAGUUUUACAUGAGUUUUGUUGUUUGUAUGUAUGUAUAUGAUGGUGUGUUUAGUAUCUCCCACUUGUAUUGUAUUAGAAUCUUAUAUUGUCACUAUAUUAGUCAAGUAACAAGCAUUGGCAUUUAUUUUUAAAUGUUUUUGUA